AUGUCCUACUGCGAGUUUGCCGCCGGUUGGUCACAAGCCGUUCCAAGCACUUCUAACUGGUCUCAACUGCCUUGUGCUUCAAGCCCUCAAAACUUAUCGAAUCCACAGAUCUCAACUUCCUAUCGAUUUUUCAAUUACUGCUCACAAAGUACCUAUCCCGUGUCUGCAGUUCCAAAUUAUGCGACGAAUCCCUUCUCACCAGAUCCGGUCAGCACAUUGAGUUGUGAAAAUUUGUUCAGUACCUAUCAGCCGCCAUGCCCAUAUUUUUACGGACAGCUUGGUUCAUGUGUCUCCUGGCCAAAUGGAACAAGACCCUAUUCAAAUGUUCCCAAUACUGAGAGGACCACAACAAAAAUCUCUAGUCCAAUAGACUAUGGUACUUCAGUGUCAUCCGGUUCCACAGUUUCCUGGACGACGGGAACAAGACCUUAUAUUAGCUUUCCAAGCACAACAAGCUCCUCCAAAAUCACCAAUACAAUGGACUAUGGGAGCCCAGCAUCGUCUAGUGGCAUUCUCAAAGAGGGCCUAGAGACUCACACCCCUUGUGUCUCAAGCGGCCAGGCGAUAAUACAUCAAAGGCACCAGACAGGGGGCCAAGAGGAUCUCAGGGGGACCUGCCAGUCACAUAAGAAGCAGACACAACAGUCAGGACAGCAGGCGAAGAAGCAACGGACGGCAUUCACCAGACAACAGCUGGAAGCUUUGGAGGGGGAAUUCAGGACAAACACCUACCUCACUCGCUUGCGUCGUUACGAGGUGGCUGUUGCUUUGGGACUGUCCGAGAGGCAGGUAAUUAAGUUGUUUUUGUCGGGGGAGGCCGAGGGGGUGGGGGGAGCGAUGCUUUAUAGUCCGAAUUAA